ACAGCCUUAUGAAUGCAUUCUACAAUUACAAAGCCGUUUUGACAAAAUUGUUUUUGUAAACAACGUGUUUAUAAUAAAUGUUGGCCUAAAUAUCAGUGAUAAAAGACAACAAAAUGGUCAAACUAAGAAAGAAAAGUCACAGACAAAGCACAAAACUUCGGGAAAAAAUUGUGAAAAAGGUUCGAGAGCACAAGAGAAAAGAACGAAGAGAUGCGAAGAAAAAGCCAUCAUAUAUGAAAAAGCGGAAGGACCCGGGCGUGCCUGGCAGUGCUCCGUUCAAGGAAAUCGUCUUGAAAGAGGCUGAAGACAGAAAAAUACAGAUUGAAGAAGAGAGACAAAGACAGAAAGACAGACGUAAGAAGGAACGACAAAAGCUUGUGGAUAAAAGGCGAAGUCUGGAUGGAAUGGUGAAAGAUGCUGUAAAGCGAGGAAAUGAGUUUGAUAGGAAGCUGGUAGGUCAGAAGCAUGAUUCUGGUUUUGGAACGGAGAAGAAGGUUGAAAUAUCUCUCAAGACCUUCUAUAAAGAGUUCAGAAAGGUAGUGGAUGCGGCCGAUGUGAUACUUGAGGUUCUUGACGCUCGCGACCCACUUGGUUCCCGAUGCCGACAGAUGGAAGACACUGUGAUAGGCGCCGGCACAAACAAACGCCUCGUUCUUGUUCUCAAUAAAAUAGACCUGGUUCCCAAGGAGAAUGUGGAAGCAUGGUUGAGGUAUCUGAAGAAUGAGUAUCCAGUUGUGGCCUUCAAGGCCUCUACACAGGCACAGAAUGACAACCUGGGACACAAGAAGUUAAAGCUUUCCAAUCCCAAUGACGACCUGAUUAAAACCAGCAGCUGUCUUGGAGCAGACACUCUGAUGAAGUUGCUAGGCAACUACUGUCGCAAUAAGGACAUCAAAACAUCUAUCCGUGUAGGAGUUGUGGGUCUCCCAAAUACUGGAAAGAGUAGUAUUAUCAACAGUUUGAAGAGGGGAAAGGCAUGUAAUGUUGGGGCCACACCUGGGGUCACAAAGCAGAUGCAGGAGGUUAUGUUGGACAAACACAUCCGGCUUCUGGACAGUCCCGGGGUUGUUAUGGCAACAGGGAAUUCAGACACCUCUGUCGUCCUCAGGAACUGUGUCAAGCUGGAGAACUUAGAAGAUGCCACAGGGCCAGUGGAUGUUAUUUUGAAAAGAUGCAAUAAACAACAGAUGAUGUUACACUACUGCAUCACGGAGUACCAGGAUGUUAACGAGUUCUUGUCACUGUUGGCACGGAGACUUGGGCGGUUAAAGAAGGGCGGGAUCCCAGAUGUAAAUAGAGCAGCACGGACUGUCCUGCAGCAUUGGAACAUGGGUAAAAUCAACUACUACACCCACCCCCCAGAGCAGACAGACACUCACAUGAGUGCAGAGAUCAUAACACAGAUGGGUCAAGAGUUUGAUAUCGACAGUCUUCUGGCUGAACAGCAGAAAGUCAUUGACACCCUUGACAAGACCAGCACAAAGCACAUGCUGGUAGAAAGUCUGGGUCCUGCUGAAGUGAUCAUGAACGCUGAUGAUAUUGACAAGAAAUUAGUGGAUGAAAAUGAGGAUGAUGAUGAAGAAAUGUCAGCAGAUGGUGAUGAUGACAAUGAGGUCCUAGCUGAUAGUGAUGAUGAUGAUGACGCUAUGGAGGAUGAUGAGGAUGUUGAGAUGAAACAGAUGACAGUCACUUUACCUGUCAGCAAGCCAAAGUCCAGUAGAUCAUCAAAAAAACAAACUCUGGCUGUGAAGGAGAAAAUUGCCCAAAGUAAAGAAAAACAGCUCAAUCCUGGUCUUCCCCAGCUUAACAAAGGCAGAAAGAUGGAAUUCAAAAAGAUGAAGAAACAAAGAAAACGAAGGGAUAAAGUUGCCGGAGAGCUGUCAGAUGCACUGACAUCAGCAUUUAACCUUGGUUCAAAUGAGGGAGGAGAAUCCUACAGUUUUGAAGACAAUUUCAAAUGAGUUUUGGACUGGAUGCGAGAAUCUUAAGAAAAUUUGAUAGAAUAUUUGGACAAGUAAAACACCUUUAAAAUAUGCAGUCAUAUAAAAUGAAAUUUGCAGUCAUAUAAAAUAAGUGAAUGUUGACUUUAAUGGCUGAAAUCUUGCUGUUAUUCCUUCAUGAUGUUAAUUAAACUGAAAAAUUCUCAAUGACUUAUUAUAGUAAAAGAAUAUAUAAGUGGUGAGAAGUCACUAUAAUAUAUAGAGGAGCCACAACUGUAGGCUUCCCCUGUUAACAUGAACCCAAAUGAUGGAUUCAGUUUCUUUGAUUUUAAUUUAGAACAAUAGAUAGUCCCCAGUAUGCUUGUUCAUAAGACUUGUAGUUGAGUCAAAAUAAAAAUAAUUGUCCAGCACUAAUUGCAAAUGUUUUAUAAAUUGAGAUCCAAUCAAUAAGUCUCUUUGGCAGGAAAUAGUUGCAUUCCUCCUGUUUUGCAUAAACUCAUUUACAAGUGUUAAAACAACUGCCGAUACAUUCAGUUGACCAGGUUAUCAACUUGAAAUAUACAUUAUAGGGUUAUUGAUCGAUUUUGAGGUAAUCAGGUAAAAAAUUCAGGGUGAUGAUUGUCAGAAAUAUAGUUAGUUAAGUAAGGGGCUUAGGAAAAAAUUGUGGACUUUUUACUUAACUCCACCAACAUUCACGCUAUUCUAAUUUGACCAAAAAAAAACAAUAGAAAAGCUACUAGAGCAUAAUUACCAUUAGGCAUCUCACUACAAUCAAGUGUUAUGCCUAUCAAACUGGUUUACAUCUCAUUCUAAACAUCCUAAAAUGGACCAACUGGACUGCCGGUAACAUGGACACAAUUACCGCAAACCUGUCAUUCGCUUGUACAAGGCUUGUCAGAUGAUGAGCUUGUGGUGUUCAUAACUUCAGCAGUGGUCAGGCAUAUGCUUGCCCAGGUCACUCUAGAACACUACAGGGCUUACAGAUUUUACCUCCAUGCGAGACAUUAAUUGUUACCCUUCUCAAUGCAAGAUGUUGAAGCACUUGUCUUUUUCACAGAAACUCACAUUUAUAGAAACAAAGUUAAAAUAACCAUUCCAGGCUAAAGCAAUCUCUUCAAAUCACAAGACAAAAUCAAUAAACACCACAAUCACAUGCCAUAUCAAAAAUUGUUCGUGGUGCCAGCAAAUAAAUUUGCCCCAAACUGAUUACAUAGAAACUUUCAGGGUACACUUUCAUUUCGCUGCUUGUACAUCACUGGACUUUGUAAUGAUCUACAUAUCACUGAAAGUUUAAAAAUCGGAACAAAUAACUGAAAGUUGAAAGUUUGCUGCAGUCUUAUGAAAGAUUACAUUCAGUGUUAUUGGGAAAUAUCAAUGUUGACCCUAUGACCAGACUAUGAGACAUCAAAACUGUUCAUAAAAAAUAAGGAACCAGGGACACCUCAUAAACUGACUGGGAUCCUUUUAAGACUGUGUGUACCUACCAACAUUCGGAAUCAGUACAGCAACAGUACCUAACAACCUACCUUAUCCAACCAUUGGUUUUGAAGCCAAACGCCACAAUAAAUACCAGAAUAAUUGACCCCAGUCCCACCAGUAGUCAUUUUUAAAUGUUAAUAACUAAGACAUUAUGCUUGCUUUAUUACUAUAUAUAUAUUAUCCAUUUUAAUAACUCACCGCUGUCAGCAGAAUGCAUACAUAUUUAACUGGAAACUAUAACUCAUCAACUCGUACCUAGUAUCCUUAAUCUUGUAGGGUUGUUGGUCAUAACCUUAAACUACCCCACAGACAUUGUGUGAAAUGACUAGUUGGCAAUACAUGUUAACAAACAUCUCUUGUGCUCUAGUAAUUGCUAUCCAACCUGGGCCACUUGUCACAUGACUGACUGCUCUUAUUAAAUUUUGUUUGACUGUGCCAGGCACUUCCAAUUCCAUGGAAUUCUAGUAUUUAUAUAUAAUAUUUUAUACCUUGUGAAUUUUACUGAGGAAUUUUAAAUAACUCUUGUUUUGGUGCUUUAAGCAAAUUGCUGGGAAUUUGACAUUGUUUUGACAAAAUACAAGUAUAUUUGAUAAAAGAAGUUUACAGAAAAGCAGUUGUUAAUGAAAAUACACUCUUAAAAUACAUCAACCUUUAUUUUUUAGAAUAUGUUGGUUCAAUGUUCUAAGAAAUAAAGGAUGGAUGUUUUUUAAGAGUAUGUUUUUAUUAACAGUGCUCUUUGUUGCUAAGUGUUUCUUUUUUUAUUGUUAACCAGGUGAUCACAUAGUAAAUAAAAUCAAGUUAUAAGAAUGAUGUACGUUGUUGUUCAGGCAUCAAACUCACCUACGAAACUGAAUAACUUAAGUUAGGUUGACAAAUUUGACCAAACUUCAUAUAAAGGAGGAGUUUAAGGGUAUCUUUCAUGGGAUUGCAAAUGGGGCCCCUAGGGUCAAAGUCACCAUUACUGAAAAUAGAAAAAAUGGUUGAAACUGAAUAACUUUAGUUAGGGUUAACAUAUCUUGACUACAUUUGGUAUUACGGAAGAGUUUAUGAAGACCUUUCAUGGGAUUGCCUUUAGUGCCCUGUGGUCAAGUAAUAAAAACGGUUGAAACUAAAUCACUUUGGAUAGGGUUGACAGAUCUUGACAUAACUUCAUUUAUGAGAAGUGUUUAUGGAUAACUUUCAUGAUGUCAUAUUUUGGGCCCUUAGGGUCAAGGUCACUCUUACUAAAAAUAGAAACAGGUUGAAACUGAAUCUCACAACGAAGGCAGACGUUCUUCAGUCAAUCAAUGAAAACCUGGUUAUGUCUAUUGCACCAUUUCUUGUUUU